UUUAACGCGUUCACCAUGUUGGUGGAAGAAUGCACAAAAUCGCUAAACAAAAGGAUCGCCAACAUGCUGACAACAUUAUCUGAUAUUGACACUAUUAGUUGCCGUAUGCAGGACACAGCCGACGAAUGGAGAAGACAACCAACACCAGCUGCGUCGUUGACACAGCGUCUCUUCGAAAUGUACGAGGAACUGCGCCAAACAGAAGUCGAGCAUCAAGUACUGCAAAAACAAAUGUCUGCAUUGGCAAGCAAUGACGAACAGCUACUGGAAAUAUUAAUGCAAAGUAUUCACAAGCUGGGAUGUAAUUUGUCCAUAAGUCGCGACUCCGCCGAUGAACGAACGCUUUUUAGGUUCGACUUCAUAACAAAUCGUUAUUUGAUGUUCGGCUUUGAGAAUGGUCAGCUGACGUUGCUGCAAAUAUCGCCGGCGCAUCCAAACUUUGACAACAUCAAGGAGUUUUUCAGUGAAUCGCAGGAUUUAAUCGGUUUACUUGGAAGUUUUGGCAGUGCACAAUAACGAACCAUAAGUAAUUUAGCAUUUUUAUAUUAUUGGCAAAAUAUAUUAGAUAGUAAAUAUACACAACAAUAAAGGUAGUUUUUACCGCUACCGAGAAUUACAAAUGAAAAGACUUUUUUGGGCAUCAUCAAUUAUGUUUUUAUCUCGUUAUUAUUCGCAAAAAAUAUAAAAGGCAUUGCUCUCGUAUAUAUUUGCUGUAUAUAUAUGUAUAUGUACUAUAUAUUUUAGGUAUCACACGCUUGUAUCAUUUUCAUUUUUCUAUUUGCAACAAAUAUCUCCAACCAUCAUCAUCAUCUCUUCCAGCUGCUCUAAAUAAUGUUGACUGUCACUCUACCCCAGCUUCGCUACCACGUUUCCAGUUUCAGUUCCAUCUUCUAUGGUGUCACCACAUUCUGUAUCCAGUUGAGGGCGCCGCGAAUGCGACGCAAGCG